AUGUCUGCUUCUCUGCUCACUUUUGUCCUGCUCUUCACACUUUCUCGGGCCUCGGACACGGUGCCUCCUGCCCAGCUCGGGCCGCCGUCGCUCGGCUUCAGCUCGUCGGUGCGCUCGGUGUGCAAACCCAUCCCCAGCACCCUGUCUCUGUGCCACGGCAUCGGUUACAGGCGGAUGUGGAUCCCCAAUUUGCUCGGCCACGACUCCCUGAGAGAGGCCCAGCAGCAGUCGGCGGCCUGGCUGCCCCUCAUCUCCAAGCUGUGCCACCGGGAUACCAAGAAGUUCCUGUGCUCGCUGUUCGCCCCGGUGUGUCUGCCGGAGCUCAGCGGGCCGCUCAGCCCCUGCAGGAGCCUGUGCGAGGCGGUGCGGGACGGCUGCGUGCCCGUGAUGAGCGCCUUCGGUUUCCCCUGGCCCCAGAUGUUCAACUGCAGCCGCUUCCCCCGGGGGACCGAGCUGUGCAUCCCGGCCACCGGAGAGCAGGAGGGACGGACGACGGAGGAGGUCCGACACGAGGAGGCGCUGAAAGGGAGCGUUAUCUGUGAUGCCUGCAGUCUGGCUGCUGAAGGAGAAACUGACAUCCAGGAGAACUUCUGCCACAGUCCAUACGCAUUUAAGAUGCGUCUGGGCAGCGUGUCAACAGUGGGAGGUGACCGUCAGCUGGUGCCUACGGCCCGCAGCCGUAUCCUGAGGUGGGCAGGGGGAGGUGCAGAUAGGGCAGAGGAGGUUGGAGGUGCGAUGGCUCAUAGCGCUUUGUGGCUGCAAGAAGGAGGCACUUGUACUUGUUCUGGUUUGGACUCUGCAGAAACAAACAAAGACGGAGGGCUGGAGGAGGAACAGACUGACAGGAGGCUGGCAAAAGAAGGAGGAAAGGUGGGAAACGGGGGCCAGAGCGGAUGGUUCCUUGCACUGGCUCAGGCCGAUGAGGGAAGACUGGUGCUGACUCGACUGGUGAGGUGGAGCAGAGGGGACAAAGAGCUGAAGAAGUUCAUCAGAGCUCUCCUUAAACAGCCCUGUCCAGAGCUUUAAACGGCUGCAACUACUGCACAUCUGCCCUGUGGAUGUUACUCAAGCAGUCUGCAACUGUGUGCCACUAAUAGCAACACUUACAGAGUCCAUAAAAUCCAAAGAACAAACAGAGAACAAGUCAGGAAUCCCAUGCUGAUCAAUGAACAGCUAAAAAUUCCUAAAUAACAGCAAAUAUGCCACCUGUGUUUAUUUUGAUGCUAAAUGCUCCCUGUGCACCACAAAUGUCUUUUUCUAGUAAAACAGAGAAUCAGGCAAGAAUUUUUUUUAAAAGAAUGAUUAUUAAUUCAUGAAAGACUUGCUGUAAUCACCAAUUAUGCCUUAAUUCUGUGAACAUCACUCAAAGAGGGAUCCUGAGACGUUGUUACAAAAGUCACUACCACAAGUGACGUGUUCUAGUUACAACUGGGGCCAUAUUUGUAUAUUUUUGUGUACAUACAAGAGACAGAAUGUAACCUAUUAAUCCAAUUAUUCACUGAAUUAAAGAGAUGAGGGUGUCAACUAGAUAGAUAGAUAGAUAGAUACUUUAUCUCCAUAGGGAAAUUGUUGUAUCCGGCAGCUCAUAUAAAACACCUAACAAAACACAAAAACAUCGUCACAUGUAAAAAUAUAAAACAUAAAAACAUAAAAAGGGCAACUGAGUUGAAAGUGGGGGAGCUAUGAGGAGUUAUGUAUUCUGAUGGCUGAAGGGAUGAAGGAUCGCCUGAAGCGCUCCGUCCUGCAGCGCAUUGGAAGCAGACGGUCGCCACGGCUGCUCUUUUGUCCGGAGACAGUACUGUACAAAGGAUGGAUGGGAUUUGUCAGGAUGCUCUCCAUUUUGCCCCUCAUGCAUCUCUCAACUACUGUCCCCACAUCGUCCAGAUCUCUCCCGACCACUGAACCAGCUCUCUUAAUAAGCUUGUCCAGCCACCUCCUGUCCUUGUCCAUCUGGUUGCCACCCCUGCAGACAGCAGCAUACAAGCAGGGCACUCUCCACCACUGAUUUGUAGAACAUGUGUAGCAUGUCACUGCACACAUUGAACGAGCGCAGCCUGCGGAGGAAGUGAAGUCGACUCUGUCCCUUCUUGUAGAUGGCAACUAAUAACAUCAUGUGUCUUAGUGGUACUUAUCUGCAGGGAAGCAGCGUCGUUGUUUUUUCUGUACUGGUAAUUUUAUUUUCAUGCUAUCUAUUGCAUCAAAAUAUGUUAUUACUUUCAAACACAUUGAGGAUGCAGCAUAAAUGUAAUAGACAUUUAUGUUACUAUUUUUUGAUGAUUUUCUUGCACAGCAGCUUAAAUCUCACAGCUGUAGUUUAAUAAGUGAAAACAACAUGGAAUGACAUGACAGAAGAGAAGAACUGAAAAGGAACGAUGGGAAAUAUGUCACGUGAACAAUAAAUUUGGUUUUGGUCUCUA